AAUGUGGAAACUGUUUAGUUCAGGGGAUUAUAAGAUAGGAUGACGGUGUUAUGUUCGAUGAGUAUUUCAUCCGGUCAUAAUUUAUUUACAUUAAAAGAACAUUUUCAAAUUUCAAUCAAUAAAAUUUAUUUACCCUAAAUUUUAAGCAAAAAUCCCUUUUCGGCUUUGAUGGAUCCAGCCUGGUAGGUAACCCUCAGCACCUCAACAGUCAACACUGAGCCUCAGCAGCCACCAGCCAGCAUUGAGCAGUCAGCAAGUGUUCUGGUUUUGGUGUAAACCGGACAGAGCACGCUUGAAAGUAAUUUCGAAAAACUUUGAAAGUGUCACUUUACAUUUUACAAUAACCUGAUUUCCUGUGAUAUUUUUACGCUUGUACUGUAAAAUGUCCAAUUCUUUCACUUGUAUAAGCUGCAGAGUUGCAUUCGCCAGUGCAGAAAUCCAAAGGCAGCACUACAAGACAGACUGGCACAGGUACAAUUUAAAAAGGAAAGUCGUACAUUUGCCACCUGUCACUGCUGAAGAUUUCGAACUGAGGGUGAUUCAGCAGCGGUUGAACAACGAGGAAAAUUCAAAGGACACGUCCACGUUUUGCAAGAUCUGCAGGAAAGCCUUUUCCUGCAACAAGGCGUUCGAAAACCAUUUGAAUUCGAAAAAGCACAAAGAGAAAUUCACCCUUGCAAACUCGGAAAACGAAGAGACUCAUGGGUUGAACAGUAUUUCGGAGCCGGCUAAGCCGAAAGAGUACAAGGAAAGGGAGAGCAAACGACACCCCGAAAUUGAGGAUGAGCAGACUAACAUAGAAGAGUAUUCCGACAUUGAAGAAGUCGACUCGGACGAAUGGGAUGACAUGGAAGAUGUAGAAGAAAUGGAAGAAAUAAGCGAAAACAAUCCGAUUCUUAAAGACAAUUGCCUGUUUUGUGCCCACCACAGUCCUUCGAUGGAGGAAAAUCUCAAUCACAUGUUUAUCGACCAUUCGUUCUUCAUUCCGGACAAGUCGUUCAAUGUAGAUCUAAUGGGCCUUUUGUUACAUUUAGGCGAGAAAGUCUGUAAAUACUACAUGUGUUUAUGGUGCAAUUUUCGUGGCAAGGAGUUCUAUUCAAUGGAAGCGGCUCAGACACACAUGAGAGACAAAGGACACUGCAAAAUACUAUACGAAGGUCCUACAGUUGCUGAAUACUCUCAUUAUUAUAACUAUGCGACUAGCUAUCCAGACCACAACGAUGAAGUGAAUAUUGAUGAAGAGAUUGAAAAUAUGGAAUUGGAUGGUUCUGAUUAUCAGUUGGCAUUGCCUUCGGGUGCCACGAUCGGCCAUAGAAGUUUAUUACCAUAUUAUAGACAAAGGUUAGGUCCUAUUACUCCUGUGACUCGUUCGAAAAAUUUCAAAUCGUACAAGGUAGUUCAAUGGAAAGAAACUAAUCAAGCGCUUGCAAGGAGGAUGAAAGAUACAAAACGCAUGACAUUGAUUCAGGGCAAGUUUUACAUGCAGGUCGGAGUCAAGGCGAACAAGCUGCAAAAGCAUUUCAGACCCCAAGUUAAUUUCUGAGUAAAUGUUACUUUUUGGGUGUUCUCUAUGUUUAUGUGUAUAAAUACAUAGUAUAUAUAUUUAUUUUUAUUAUUUAACUGAGGUUUAUAAAAUGUAUAUAUAUUGUUAUGUUAC